UUUAUCGAUCUAUAAACGUAUACAAAAUGGCUAUUAAUAUGAGUGAUAAACGAUAUAUUGCCGAAAUAAUAAUCCCGGAGAUUGAAUUUAAUGUCAAUACAAACGGAAUCACACUUCAAGCAAAAUCUCGCCUAAGCACUCCACGUUUUCUUCCAUUCGAUCAAUGUGGACGUUGUAGAGAGUGCAAAUCUAUUGAAGUGGAAAUUGAUUUUGUUGUAACAAAGGAAGGAGUGACAGUAUACUGUAAUCGGAUCAAAGGACACCGAUUCGUCCCCUUUGAUUCAAUUUAUGAUAUGCCUGGCCAUUAUCAAAAACAAAGGUCGUGUGCUCAAUAUUCCAUUUAA